GACUCCGCCCUCUACUUUCCAUAACUUCAGUUUGACAGAUUUUUUUGUUUUGCUGUGAUUCGAUGGCUUGUGGGCAGCCGCAGGAUCAGCUCCCUCGUCCUGCACCACAUUACACCACCCUCUGCUUCCUCAUCGUCCCGGAGAGACGAGAAAUAUACUUUGACUCUUGCGGCGUUGUCGGCAAGAUGUACAUUGCUUCGUCGUGAUCGGCGAGACUUUAGGAGGAUAUUUUUCCCCGAGGCGUCACUCGGAAGACUCCCACGUUUCCUUUUUCUUGUUUUUUUCAUCUCUAGACGGGGUGUUGGUACGGAGACCGGGAGGUCAGAGAGGUGGUUAUCCUCGAGCUGUAUUGCCGUCAAGUUGUUCCAGGGCGCGCUUACCAGACGAGGGCGGACAGGCGAUGCCAACCGGCUAACAACAACGCUAACCGGGGGAUUACCAUGUGGGUGCACAUUAUUUAGCACAUUUCUCGAAUUCCCUGCUUUUUAAAAGCACAUCUUACUGGCCUCCAAGCACCAACACAUAAUGCAAACCUAAGGAGGUCUGAAGUCUGUAAAUUAGCUCUUAUUGUCGAUGCGAUGUCGCAUAAGCUAGGAGCACACAAGUUGGCCAUGGAGGGGAACGUGCAGCAAAAAAACACUCCGCUAACUCGGGAGCUCACACGGAUAUUCAACAGCUACAACAAGCACUCCGCUCUGCUCAAGAAGAACCUCAAGGAGACCAAUGCUUUCUUCCGGGAAAUCAGACAGAACUACAGCAACGCGUGUGCAUCAGCCAUGAGCUCAGAGUCAGCGUCUCUGGAGGCAGGGCAAUUGAGCUGCAUCGCUUUCCCCAGCCACGAAGAAGAGUUCCUGCGCAACACGGUGGGCGCUGCCCCAUACAUCCUGGUGCUGGGCCAGAACUGCACCGCCCGCUACCAGCUGCUCAAUUGCCUGCUAGGAGAGAGAUUGCUGCCGCUGGGCCCCGAGGCCGGCGAGCCUUGCGGAGGCGUCCAGGGCACCCCGUGCAAGAGGCGCAAGUUGUGUUUCACCCAUGGGAGACAGACGCGACUCAGUUUGGCGCUGCCCGGCCAGUACGAGCUGGUGCACCAGUUGGCGGCCAACCGCGGCCGUUGGGAUACGGUGCCCCGUGAAGACUUGGAGAUCCACGAGGAAUGCGAAGACCCGGCGCAUAGGCUCGCCGAGCUGGAAAUCACCCUGCAUCACCCUCUACUUCAGGAAGCAAAGGUCAUGGUGGUGCCAUGUGCAAGCGUCCAGCCCAUGGAGGAGGCCUUAGAAGACUGCACUCGGAAUGUGCUUCCAAUCAUACUGUACGCCAUCAAGGAGGACUCCUUAAGCACAGAUCAAGUGGCCGAACUUUGGAAAGUCAAAGAGAUGCUCUCCUAUCCCAUCUGUUUCAUCCGCCUGCCCGACACGAUGCCCGCAGCCUCGCCGGAGCCCAGUCGCCGCCCGGACAAGGAGAAGGAACGGGAGAAGAGCGCCCUCCAUAAACAGCUUCUCUCCCUUGACUUUCUUAGUGGCCCGACGGGAAAUUGCUCCUGCGGAGCGCCCACGCAAAUGCCCACCCCGGGCGCCAAGCCGCAAAGCAUGCUCGGGGAAGCUUUUGAAAGACUCCACAGGCUGCUGGUGCCUUUCACUCGCCAGGUGCUUCAAAACCAACAGGUGGAGGCUGCCAGCCUGCUCAACGGGCUCCACUGUCGCUCCUUGGAUCUUUUCAUCAAUCAGGCCUUCGACAUGCAGAGAGACCUGCAAAUAACCCCCCGUAGGCUGGAAUACACCCGUGAGAAAGAGGGGGAACUGUUCACCUCCCUCAUGGCGAUUGCGAACCGCAAACAAGAGGAGAUGAAGGAAAUGAUUGUGGAGACACUCGGCAGCAUGAAAGAGCAAUUGCUUGAAGAUGCUGCCAAUCUAGAAUUUGCGGACAUAAUCGUGACAACCAACGGCGAGCCGGUGACCUCAAAGGAGAUCAAAUCUUGCAUCCACCAGAUCCAGGAGCUGAUUGUGUUGCGUCUGAAUCAAGCCGUGGCCAACAAACUCAUCAGUUCUGUGGACUAUUUGAGAGAAAGUUUCGUCGGGACACUGGAGCGAUGUCUCAGCAGUCUGGAGAAGUCCCACAUCGAAUCGUCCGCACACAUCACCUCCAAUCACCUCAAACAGUUAUUAAACGCCGCCUAUCACGUUGAGGUCACGUUUCAUUCAGGAUCCUCCGUCACCCGACUCGUCUGGGAGCAAAUCAAACAGAUCAUCCACAGGAUAACGUUUGUGAACCCGCCUGCCAUCUCGCACGAGUGGAAGCGCAGAGUGGCCCAGGAUGCCAUCGAAAGUCUCAGCGCCGCCAAACUGGCCCGAAGCAUCUGCUCCCAGUUCAGAACCCGUCUCAACAGCUCCCAUGAGGCCUUUGCGGUGUCCCUGCGCCAGCUGGAAGAAGGCCACACGGGGCGAUUGGAGCGCACCGAGGACUUGUGGCUGCGUGUGAGGAAAGACCACGCCCCACGGCUGGCACGCCUCUCGCUGGAAAGCCGCUCCCUCCGAGACGUGCUGCUACAUGGCAAACCAAAGAUUGGCCGUGAGCUGGGCCGUGGCCAGUACGGAGUUGUGUACUUGUGCGACAGUUGGGGAGGCCGCUAUCCAUGUGCCUUAAAGUCUGUGGUGCCACCAGAUGAUAAACACUGGAACGAUCUGGCUUUGGAGUUUCACUACACAAGGUCGCUGCCCAAGCACGAGCGGCUCGUCGACCUGCACGGUUCCGUUAUCGACCACACGUACGGGGAAGGCUCCAGCAUUGCCGUGCUGCUCAUCAUGGAGCGGCUGCACAGAGACCUCUACACCGGCCUCAAGGCUGGUUUGUCACUGAGGGAGAGGUUGCAGAUAGCGCUGGACGUUGUGGAGGGGAUCCGCUUCCUGCAUAGUCAGGGCCUUUUGCACAGAGACAUAAAGCUAAAAAAUGUUCUGCUAGACAAGCAAAACCGAGCUAAGAUCACCGACCUGGGCUUCUGUAAACCAGAAGCCAUGAUGUCCGGCAGCAUUGUCGGAACGCCCAUCCACAUGGCACCAGAGCUGUUUACAGGGAAAUAUGACAACUCUGUCGAUGUCUACGCCUUCGGGAUCCUCUUCUGGUACCUAUGCACCGGUUCUGUUAAACUCCCGGACGCCUUCGAAAAAUGCUCCAGCAAGGAUCAACUGUGGAAUAACGUGAAAAAAGGUGCCCGACCCGAACGCUUGUCCUCGUUCGAUGAGGAGUGCUGGCAGCUGAUGGAGGCGUGCUGGAACGGCGACCCUUCCCAGCGGCCUCUCCUCGGCAUCGUGGAGCCCGGCCUUCAAAGCAUCAUGGUCCGUCUAUGCAGCUACGGCUCGGAGCAAAAAAGCAGCAGCCUGGAGGACUCGAACUGAAAGCACUCCCGACAAACUAACGCACACGCCCCUGGGAUCGCAGUCAUCAUCCGUGUUUGUUGUUGUUGUUGUAUUUAUGAACGGAUGCUCGAUGGCCACAAUUUGUGACUCAUGACGAUGUACUUCUUGCUCACAUGUGGGAUUUAUGUAAUUUAUAAGGGGAUACAGAUGUUUGCAAAGAUGUGUUUUACUGUUUAUUUGUAUAGAGGUCCUCCACUUUGUCAUGCUACCACUCAUUCACAGAAAAUGGUACUAGAUGCAACUUUUAAAUGUCGUUCGUUGCAAGUAUUGUGCACAAAAAAAAUGUAAGAUACAUUUUAGCUCAUAUUUAAUGUCUGCAUCUACACAAACACCUUUUUUUAAAUAAAAGGGUCUGUUACAAGUCA